CUGAACAAGAAGCCCGAAGUCACAAGUGAAGCUCUUUGUUGCCAUCCGACACAGUACAGUACCUACCAGUAUGUAAGCUUGUGUACCGUACUCUAGUAAGGGCAGAAGUGAACGCCCUGCUGUCCUACUGCCAACAGCCAGCUUGGCAUCCGGGGCAUACAUGAUUUGCCAGGGAGAGGCGGAAGUUGUGGGCAAGGAGAGAGCGAGAGAGCGAGAGAGAACUGCAGAGAUGGAGAGAGAGUUCGGACUGUAUGCUGUGGGAUGUCUUUUUCCACAAGAAAUGGCCUUUUAUUGUCUUUGCACGAACGACGCGACGGUUGGAAUGGCUUGCUUACUUGUUAUAAUGUCUCUGAUUUUUUCUACCACUUACCAGGUGCUUUUUGUUGGUCUUUCGUCGCUUCUGUGCUUUUCUUGCAUUGUCUAUUUAUUCCAUUUCACCAUCUGUCAAGUCAAGUCAUUCUCUCUCAGCGUCGCCACAGCCUCUUGCUGUAUGCUGCUUGGAAUUUGUAAAUCUCUCAGACGGGUUCAGGGCGGAUAGAAGAUAUGGGGUUUCCACGAGACGAGAACGACCAGACAGGCACUGGGUGAGUGACA